ACUGACGAAACCUACGUAACACUCGUGGUCGACGAUCUAGCGGCGGGCCCCUGUGACUGCUAUACCAAAGACUCUGAAUCUGCAGGCAGACGAAGCCAAGCAGCGUGCCAGCAUCGAUAGGACGACGGUGGUGACCCCAGGGGGGUCUUCGGAACAGGGGAAUGUUUUAGAAGUAGCACAACCCCUGGUCACAUCUGGUGGAAUAGUAUUUACUGUACUACUAGUACCACCGGGAUGAUGUGCACCACCACCUGCAUGCAUGCCACAGCCCAUGUGCGUUCUGGAAUUCAUAAUGCGAAGUUGGGGACGCCUCUGCGGGAAGGUGUGAUUUGCACAGGGCCUUCGCGUCAAGAUGUUUCUCGUGCGCGCGUUGGUGUGUACCGAUACGGCAUGCUUCUACAACCGCAUAGCCGCACCAUCGUUGCACUGUUGGGAAUCCUUCCUUCGCUCUACACCACCAUUCCCUGGGUGUCUUUUUCGACGUCGGUGUCUGCCCAAACGCUGCCAAAAAGCGCCGUCGUCUACGUCAAGUCGGUAUGUGAAAGAGCCUCAUGGACGAUGGAUCUGCUUGCAUUGUGGGGUAGUAAUCGAUGGACCACAAGGGACGACGAACGAUCCCAUGUUCCGGACUUUUUCGCCAGCUUGCGUCCGUUUAUCCCACCGUUUCUUGCAGAGCGUAUCCAGCAAUGCCCAGUGUCUUCCUUUCCUCCUCUCUUUUCCGUUGUCAGGUCCGCAGUUGAAGGAAGGCUCAGUUACUUCGUACGCAUGUCCAUCAGAGGGAAUGCACGAUUGGGCGAAAGGAAGUUAGAUGUCAUCCAGUAUGCAUUGUAUUACAUGUGAACAAAGUAUUUCUCCAUUUACACCCGCGACAAAGCUUUCUAGCUGAUAUCCAUAGCAUCGCCAUCCAGCACAUCGACGUAUUUGCGGAAGUCGCUCGUGAGCACAGCUGCAGAUGAA